UCAACACUUAGAGGAGUUGUCAGGGGGAGCCAAGCCCAAAGAGGGGCCAACAACAGCACUAAACACAACGCCAUCCCGUUGUCUGGUCGGAGAAAGAAACGCCGAAAGCAGAGAGAGUGUGAGACAAGAGAGGAGGCAAGAGAGGAGGGUGGGUGAAAGCAGAAGGAAACUCAGCAAAUCUGCCCCUUUGACCCGUGUACAGCUUGGGAAUAUGGGGAACACUAAGAGCGGCGCUUUGUCCAAAGCGAUUCUGGAUGAUCUGAAGUUGAAUACCAAAUACACAGAGGAAGAGCUCUGCGCAUGGUACGCCACUUUCCUCAAAGAGUGUCCCUCCGGACGCAUCACCAAGGAACAGUUUGAGGGCAUCUAUGCCAGUUUCUUUCCAGAUGCCGACCCUACCGCUUACGCUCGACAUGUCUUCCGCAGCUUUGACACUAAUGCUGAUGGCACCUUGGACUUUAAGGAGUACAUUGUGGCACUGCACCUUACCUCGUCAGGCAAGACCCUGCGCAAACUUGAAUGGGCAUUCGCUCUGUACGAUGUAGACGGCAAUGGGACCAUCAGUAAAAACGAGGUGCAGGAGAUUGUACGGUCAAUAUUCAACAUGAUACCCGUCGAAGACCAGAAAAAUCUUCCGGAAGAUGAGAACACACCAGAAAAGCGCGCUGACAAAAUCUGGACCUUUUUCGGAAAGAAAGAAGAUGAUAAGAUUGGAGAGGGGGAAUUCAUUCAGGGUGUCAUGGAAAACAAAGACAUCUUGAGGCUGAUACAGUUCGACGAGCCAAAGAAGAUUCAGGAAAAACUCAAGGAGAAGAAGCAUUAAUGGCUACAUUCUCAUGAGAUUGAUUUGACACUAAACCUACACGACCCAGACUGAUUCUCCAGGCCACACGCUGGAGACAUUCAGACACUCCAUCCAUACACACUUCAGAGCCGUAAACCAGACAAACCUAGCUUUUCUCAUAACACAUAAAAGACUUGUGUUCUGGAACACCACCAUCACCACCUCUGCCUGAAAGGCCGCACUGCUAUUUCGAUUGCUUUAAGAAUCCAAUUGAUAAGAGUUCCAAUCAAAUUAGGCUCAUGUUAACAGUCUCUGCUCAAUCCUCUUAGGAUCUGAAGGUCGGGUAAGACAAAUCCACAGGGUCCAGUGGCUCUCCUCUUUUAGAUCCCUUCAGGGUUAAGCAGGGGCGUGUCUAGAGCAUUAUAAAUGGGGGGGCCAGGCUGGGGCACUGUCUCAAAAGAGGGUGGCCGCAAAAUGACCAAAAUGCGCAUGAUGAGAAAUAAAAACAUUGUAGAAUCUAUGGUACACUAUUAAGAAGUGCAAACCUGCAAAUGUUAUCUUAGGGAGCUAUUUCUACCUGAUCUAACCCUUAGAUUUCAUUUUAUCACUGUAACCUAAUGUAGGUUGAAUAGGUUAAUAAUUUUGGGUUGAAUAAAAUCAAAUAAAUUAGAUGUUACCACAUGAUAAAUUGUACGUAUUCAGUGAAGAAAAACACUUAGAGGGACUUCAAAGCUUUAUUCAAAUGAAAAUACUUUCAUCAUCCUCACGACAGUACACAUGGUUUUGGCUCAUACCUAAAGGCUAUAACACACACCAGUGUUUGUAAUGUGCUGAGUUAUACAAUUGAAUCCACGCAUUAUGACAUAGAGUGUAUACACAAUGUAAAUAAUAGAUUGAUCGCACAGUGUAGAGAGAUUAAUUGGUCAUAACACAACUUUGUGAGAUCGGAAUGAACAACGAGUGACAGCUUUUUAGUGAUUAUAAAGGGAGCACUCUUUGCAAGCUUUCUAUAAUCCAUUCAAAACGCAGAACUUUUGUUUUUCGACCACACACACACAUUGCAAAAUUUCGGAAUGACAUAUGCAUUUUUAUGCAGGAUUCGGUCUCGACAUGGCAGUGACUGACGUAGUGAUAACUACAAUUCGACAAAAUAUGUGAAAAUGUGCAUUAAGACUAGAGCACCCUCACUAAU